GGUGAUGUUGUAAAUGUACUUAAUAUUUAUGAAGGUUUUAAUGAUAAUAUCGAAAAAGAUGAUUCUGAUUCAGUUAUCAAUAUUUUACCAUCGGAAACUAAGGAAACUAAGACUAGUGAAGUUAAAAGAUAUAGUAUGCCGAUCAUUAGCCCUAGAAAUAGCACAAUACUUCCUCGUUCUAAUUCACCAACUCCAAAUACUUCAACAUCAUCUUUGCAAUCUAUAAUACAUAAUCAGAAAGAAAUUCAAGAUUCAGAAACAAGAUUUCAAGCUGUUCUAUCAAAUACGCUUGCAAUUAAUUAUUUCCAAAAAUUUGCUAUUAAGGAAUAUUCGGUUGAAAAUUUAUUAUUUUGGCUUGAUGUAGAACUCUUUGCUGCGGGAAAUUCUUGUGAUAUUGAAGAUAAUUAUUUUGAGGAGCAACAAACUGCCGUAAUUCACGCGAGAUAUAUUUAUUAUACUUAUAUUUAUUCAGAUGCUCCUUUACAAGUGAAUAUUAGCGAUGAAAUCAGAAGAGAUAUUAAUUGGCCAAUAGAUGAUGAUGAUGUUGUGGAGAGAAAUAUGUUUGAUGAAGCGCAAGAAGCCGUUUAUCAAUUGAUGAAAGGUUAUACUUUUAUCGGAUUUGAGGAUAGUCCUGAAUGGCAAGAGUGUGCGAGAAGAAAAAAAUUAGGUAUUAGAACCUAAAGAAUAUCAAAGCUAUGAAAUG